AAGAGGGUCGGGGGAGAGAAUCUACAAGCGUAUUCGUAGGUGUGCCAUGUACACACACGGAACCUACCAAAGUUAGAAGGAGAACAACGGAGAAGAGGAACAAAUACUUUGGCACAGCAUAUCAAGCGGAAGAAGGAUAGAGAAAUGUUGAUGGAGAGAGAGAGAGAGAGAGAGAAACUUUUGUCAGAAGUACCGAGAGAGAUAAUAAUAUAUAAAAGUAUGCGUAGAACCGGGACAGAGAUGAAGCGAGAGAGCAAGAGUGAAACACGUAUAGACACAAAACGAAUGAUGCCUAUGGUAAGAUGAAGAGAGAGAGACUCUUCCCCAUAAUACACGUACACGUUCUGGUCCCUUAUCCCUUGUAUGUGCAAAGGGGGUUUCGAGAGGCCAGCAACGGUGGAGCCACGACGACAACGAGCCACAACCAGGACGGCUAACACGACUACUACGACACCGCGUGGGGGUUGCACGAAGACCCCCUGGUGGGGUUCUGGCUCCCGACCCCACAGUCCCCCACUGGAAAUGAUAUCAGUCGCGACUCGGUCGAGGGAGCCCCAGCACGUGUCGUACCCCUCGCAGAGCGAGCCCGUUUGCUUGCUCUAUUGUCCACUUGUUCUAGAUUCACGUUCGUAUACGAUUUUUCUAUCGGUCUAUGUUUUCAUUAAGAUACGUCUGUUUCGGGGAACGUUAAAGGGUGUACGAUUGUCGUGUAACAGGAACAAGAGAAACAGAAAUACUUGACACUGUGCUGUUUUUAAUUUACAUUGAUUUAUAUCGUUGGCCAAACGAGAAGAAACUACAGAAGUAUCCUAACAAUGGGCGAGAAGACGUUCAAUCUUACUUGGAACAAUCAUCUGGCGAACCUGUCUGGAUUGUUUGAAGGACUCUACAAAAGUGGUUCUUUGACUGACACAACGUUAGCUUGUCAAGGUGGAAUGUUAAGGGCGCAUAGAUUAGUUUUGGCAGCGUGUAGCCCUUAUUUUGAAAGGGUAUUUAAGGAACACUAUGGUGAACAGCCAAUUCUGAUUUUAAAAGGGGUUGCAGUAGAAGAAAUGGAAUGUCUACUAGAUUUCAUGUAUCGAGGGUCUAUUGAUAUCGCUGAAGAACACUUGCCAUCAUUGAUUAAAACCGCGACGGAUCUGGAGAUCCGAGGUCUUUCCGGCGACCAAAGGAACCAGGAGAACAAUCGUAGCCCUUACACGAGGGUUGAAACACGAAUGCAAAGAUGCCAUAUAGAAACGAGAGUCCACACGACCGAGUACAUUAAGGAACCAUCCGUGAUUCCAUUUUUACCGAAACAGUCUUCCGUGGAAUCGUUGGAGGAUCACAUUAAAAUGGAGGAGAUCGAAGUUGAAGACGAUCCGAUGGUGAUCGACGGGCACGACGAUGCUUUCGACGAGCCCUUACGAUCUUCGGAAACUCAAAUCAGGCGUAUGCCACCGCCGAUGUACAAACGGGAGACAAGAUUCAAAGGUCAGAAAAGGGUUUCUGUCGGACGUUCAACGAGAAACAAUGAUCCACUGGAGAUCAAACCAAGAGAUCGUAUCCUGUUAAAAGAGAACGCGACGAGGGACGAGAAUUACGAUGAUUCGUCGAACGUGGUUAAAUCCGAACUGAAUUUCAAUAAUGGCUCCUCAGAUCCUACGGUACCGGACAUUCAGAUGAACGACGACUUACAAGAACGAGAUGAGAGUCUGGAGUCUUCGAAGGGUACGGAUGAUAGUUCCAGGUUAACGAUCAAGAAGAAAAGUGAUCUUUCGUCGAAAAGGUUGAACGAAGGGAAAGAAACGAGACCGAUACUGCCUAAAUCUGAGAAAGCUCAAUAUAAACCUUUCUCCUGUGACUUAUGCACUUUAGCAUUUACGAGAGCUUCUCAUUUAGCUAGACACAGAAGAGUUCACACGGGUGAAAGACCGUUCGCAUGUAAUAUUUGUCCGCGUAUGUUUGCCAGACAGGAUAAAUUGAAACAACAUUUGGACUCUCAUUUACAAUGGCCGAAGAGAAAGAACAGUUUGUCCAGCUCGAGUUGUCAUUCAUCUUCGUCUGUACCUACCAAAGGAAAAAGGGGUAGACCACGAAAGGUAAAUUUAGAACAAUCAGCGAUGGAAGAAAUUUUACAAUUUGGUGAAUUCAGUUCUCUCCUGAACAAGUCUCAUUCAACGAAUUCGACUGAUAAGAACGAAGAUUUUCUUUCUGUCAAAAAUGAAAGGACAAUGAAAGAUCCAGAAGAAGAUGAUACUGCAGAAGAUAAAAACGAGAACAAAGAGAAAGACUCGAACAAGGAUAAAGAUAACUAUGGUUGUCAAGUGGAGAAUGGUCAAGAUAUUGUCUAACUAAAUUCUUGACCUUAUUUAUUUAUUUCUUCUCCAUAAUUUCAUAACAGAUAUUUUUCUAUGAGCAUAAAGAUCCCAUAGUUAGAUAAUCAUUCGAUGACAGGUACUGUUUUCAAUAUUAUUCUAAUUGAAUAUUCUUUUAAGAAAUUGAUUAUCAUAGCUUUCAACUGUUAAUCAAUUAAUUUGUGUGCAAUAUUUUUUAAUUCUUAGUAUUCUUAAGCUUUUGGAAAUUGUUUGAAGAUUGCAUAUUGGAUAUUUAUGAUAAUUGAAUGAUUUGACAUGAUUUGACACAGUCAACACGAAUACAUGAAAUGAAUUGUUAUGAUGCGAAUUGUUAUGAAAGCUAUUGUUAAUGGGAGUUAGCAAGUUCGUUGAUUUUUUAUCUGUUUAAUUUUCACGUACUUUGCAAUCGUGUCAUCGAGAAACUAAUUAAUAGGCUGCAGUUAUAACAAUAGUAAAAGUUAUGAAAAAUAAUGAUUUCUGCCUUUAAAUCUCUAAAUCGAUCUCGUCGCAGAUGCGAAAUUUUAUACCAAAUAAUUUGUUUCCUAUUUAUUUAUUUAUUGAUGUAUUCAAGGUAUCUUUGUUGUAGGCUCGACAGAAAGUUUUUCGAAAGAGUACCUGAACCACCCGGUGUUAUUUAACCGAAAGGGUGAAUACAGGUAAUGUAAAGAAUAAUAAAAAGAAACCUUAUCGAGAAAGAUUGUGUAGGUACUGAUAAAUCGAAUUCUACGAUGAUUUACCGUCGCUUAAACGGUAUCGAACGAUAAGAUUAGGGAAGAAAGUUUAAGUUGAAAACUCGACCAAAUUACUUAAUCUUGAAGACUGCGGUAUAGUUUGCAUUGUGUAUAUUAUAAAUUCUCCUAAGCAUAAUUCUUUGAAAAAAAAAAAAAAAUCUAAAAUUA